AUGGCGAAUUCAGUUGAUACAAAUUCUACCAAGUGUUUCUCCGGCGUCAUACGGCGGUUGUUGUGCUGUGGCAGCCUCCCAACACACCCAUCUGAUCAGUCUGUUGAAUCCAAGACCAACAAAGAAGUUGAGAAGCCUGAAAAUGCUUUAAAGUCUGAUGAAGCAAAAGUGAAAGCUGCAGAAGCUCCUGGAGUGGUGGCCAGAUUAAUGGGUUUAGAUUCACUGUCAGAAGAUAUCAACCCAAAAGAUAAAAGUCUGGCUUCUUAUUUUCGAAGCAGGUCAUUGAAUUCCAUUGAUUUUCUUGCACAACUUGAUGUUUCUUGUAAACAAUCCCCGGCACAGCAUAGAAGAAAAAUUGUAAAGCUACAACCAAAUAUCAAGAAAGAUUGGAGGUGA